AUCACUCCUCAGACAAGACAGAGAGAUGGCGAGCCAGGCAAAGAACAUUGUGGUCAAGAUUGUGUCGGACAACAUCUGACCUUGGUGCUUUGUCGGCCGGCGACGGCUGGGCAAAGCAGUCGAGGCGUGGCGCGAGGCCGGGAACGCGACCGAGGUGGUCAUCGAGUGGGAGCCGUUUAUGCUCGACGGAUCGCUGCCCAAGGCCGUCGACAAGCUCGCCCACUACAAAGCCAAGUUUGGCGAGGCCCGCAUCGAAAAGAUGAUCCCUCACAUGAAGGCUGUCGGCCUUGAGGAGGGCAUCACCUUCUCCUACGGCGGCGAGAUCGGGAACACCUUUGACUCGCACCGCCUCAUCGAGUGGGCCAAACGCUCGUCCGAUGCUACCACCGUCGACGCUCUCGUCGCCUGCAUUAUGACCCGCUACUUUGAGCGCGAGGCCAACCUUGCCGAUCACGCCGUCCUCUGCGAUGCCGCUGCAGACGCCGGGCUCGAUGCCGACGCUGCCGCCGCCUUUCUCAACACUGACGAGCUGAGCCAGGAGACCCGCGACGCCAUCGACUCGGCCUACACACGUGGCGUCUCGGGCGUCCCGUUCUUCAUCUUCAACGACAAGUACGCUCUCUCGGGUGCCCAGCCGGCUGACGUUGUUGCCGAUGUCCUCGACAAGGUCGCCGCCGAGCUCUAGCGCGCUCUCAUCUUGUCUCCCCGCCACAUCGUCUGACCUGUCGUUUCUGCCUGUCCCUUCCCUCUUUCCGUGAUCGCCCUGACGCAGCCACUUCGCAAACCCCGUCGCCUUAUGCGGCGCGGCCGGUGGCCGCCGAGCCUGUCCAACACUAUCGCGGCGGAAGAGCCAGGCAGAGAGCCGGCACAACAUCAAUUGAUGUGUUAAACGUAGAGACACGACAC